GCGUGCUUUCGUGGCACUUUAAAAUACUCACCUUCCAGGUGAAUUAAUAAGCAGGUAGAAUUAUUGUUCAAGAAUGGAAGUGAUUCCGGAAAUCGCGGGUCCUGCUACUUCAGCGCAGUGGACGCAACUCUGGGGCACCUCAUUCGGGUCGGCUGCAGUGCAGCCCAUGAGACGUUCCGCUCACGCGAUUGCCACCUUUGAGGACAACAUGUAUCUCUUCGGAGGUAUCAGUACGAAUGCAGCAGAUGAAGAUGUCGAGUAUAACGACACGUGGGUAUUCGACCUUGUUGACAGACAAUGGGCCGAGCUGUCAGUCGGUGACAAUAGACCUUCGAACCGCUUCCACCACGCUGGAGUACUUCAUACGAACACUACAGUCAACGAGUUCAUCGUAUUCGGAGGGCUAUCGCUCUUGGCAGCAAAGGCUGACGAUGGUACAUCUACUACGAGCAGUGUUCCAGUAGUGCAGUUCAACGAUGUUUGGCGGCUUUCGUUAAUGGAAAGCACACCAAAAUGGGUCAUGGACCCCAUUCCGUCGAACUCAACCAGUGAUGUACCAGACCCAAGAUCAGAGGCAGGUGUCGUCAUUCACAACGACUAUUUGUUCAUGUUCGGUGGAAUUGCAUAUGAUGAGAAAGGUGAUGAAGCUCCAGUCGACUACAAUGAUCUGUGGAGAUACGAUCUCAGUACAUACACCUGGAAAAAGAUGGAACCUACAGGAGAUCAGCCCCCUACUCGAUUUUCUCAUUCAGUCGCAUUGUUACACGACAAUAGCGAGAAAAGUGAAGCCUAUUUGCUGGUGUAUAGUGGUAGACACUUGCUGUUCUCUAGUUGGACAUUGCUGGACGACGUGUGGCUCUACGACUUUAGCCAAAAUGAAUGGAUGAGUAUAACGCCGUCCACCAGCGUUCCUCGUGCGUACACGUCGAUAGUCACCACGAAAGGAAGUAAUAUGUGGUUCUUUGGCGGGUAUUAUAAACCGCAACAGAGCUCGAGUGGCUACGUCUACGAGGACAUAGUUCUUGGCAAAUUUGACUUCAAGAAUAAGGCCAUGGAAGCACGACAUGCUGUGAUUGAGAGCGACGCUGCAUCUCCACCCCUGCGAUACAACCACCGUGCCGCGCUUUGGCGAGGAGAUAGUAUGGUAAUUCACGGUGGGAGCUACCAAAGCCAACUAGGUGAUGUGUGGGUUUAUAACACUACGAACGCAGUGACGACGGAUGCGGCUACCAACACGCUUCCGCUGGAUCCGGAAUCCCUCGUUUACGUGCUAGGAGCUUUCAUCGUCACAGUGGUUUUCGUUCUGCUAGCACUUCUACUGCGUUGGCGACGCGCGGACCGGAGAAAUCUGCGUGCUGCUCAGAUGCGUGGUGCUGCGGUUGUUCGUGGUGUGACGAAGGAAAGACUGGAUCAACUUCGGAUCACGAAAUACAACCGUGCGGAGCGGAAUCCAGAGUCGCCAACAGCACUACCCAGUCCAACCAGCGUUGGCUCGACUGAAAAUGAGGAUAUCUGCCCAAUCUGCUUGGUACGCUGGAUCCCUUAA